CAACCCCUCCCGCCCACGCACCGAAUUCACCGCGACUCGGAACAAUAUCUCAUAAGUUUCACGGUCGCGCUUCGGAAAAACAACGCGUUGUCAACGAUUCAAGCUCCAUGUUAAUGAGUUUUUUUUGGUUUUAUGGUUUUUGAAUUAUUUUUUCAAUACCGUCGAGUUGCACGUGGAUAGUUUAAUUUGUUCGAACUUUCUUUUAACGGUGGGAAUUUUUUCAAGAGGGGAACGGGUUUGCCGCGAAAGUCUUCGGGCGUUUGUGAAGAGCAUUUCCGGUCAAUGGGAGAACAUAUGAUAACGAUAUUGUGACCAUCCGUUGACGACUUUCAGCAACUGCCAGCGUCAGAACUUUAAACCGAGAUCAGUCUGAGACAAGGACAAAAUGGCGCCUGCGGUUGGGGGUAACGACACAGAUCCGCUUCGCGUUCAGCUGGAGAGUUUGAUGGUCGAUGUGGAUGACUUCUUCAUGAUCACCUGUGGUAUCAUCAUCGCAGUGAUGCAAGCAGGUUUUGCUUGUCUGGAGGCGGGAGCAAUACAUGCAAAAAAUGUAACGAAUAUUCUUUUGAAGAAUUAUCUAGACACUUUUAUUUGUUGCGUGUUCUACUGGGCGCUGGGAUACGCGCUUGCUUACGGUCCUGGAGACAAAUUCAUCGGGGCGGGAUGGUGGGCCAGCGUGGGGCUCCCGGCUGAGAGAAACGCUCAUUGGUUCUUCCAAUUCAUAUUCGCAGCCACUGCUGCCACCAUCGUCUCUGGGGCGGUAGCCGAGAGGUGCAAUUUUAUAGCUUACCUCAUUUACAGCGCUACCAUAUCAGCAGUCAUAUACCCGAUAGCUAGCCACUGGGUGUGGGCAGAUGGGGGCUGGCUCGCUGAAAUGGGCUACUCAGAUUUUGCCGGCGCCGGGGUGGUGCAUAUGCUUGCAGGAACUCUGUCUUUCAUCGCGGCUCAGUCGAUAGGACCGAGGAUUGAUCGAUUCAAGAACGGAGCACCUCCUGGUCAUUCUACUCCUUUGGUCUCUCUAGGAGCUCUCCUGUUAGUUGUGGGCUUUCUUGCUUUCAACGGUGGAUCCUUGGGGCACAUAUCUCACCCUGGUGAUAGCGCAGUGGUGGCUCAAGUCAUCAAUAAUACGAUCAUGGGUGGCUCUGGUGGAGCAAUCGUUAUCCUGCUGGCCAGCCGAAUUGGGUUUUGCGGAGACAAAAAGUGGUCUUUUAUGAAUACCAUCAAUGCUGGACUCGCUGGAAUGGUUUCAAUAUGCGGUGGAGCUGAUCAGUUCUAUCCUUGGGCCUCAUUUGUGGUCGGUAUAGUUGGCUCUUUCGUUUACAUCAUUAUUCAUCAUAGCUGCAUUAAAUUAAAAGUUGAUGAUCCUCUUGACUGUACCGCUGUUCAUUUUGGAGGUGGAUUUUGGGGCGUUCUUGCAACGGGUCUCCUAACAAAGAACGGGGUACUCCUACAAAUGAGUCACGAAAGUCUUGAGAUGCUGUGGCACCAGUUUGCAGGCGCAAUGAUCAUAAUGGUGUGGGCAGCGAUCACUGGAAUCAUCCUGUUUUACGGACUCAAAAGUGUACAUUUGUACAGGGUUUCGGCACAGGAGGAGUUGCAAGGUCUAGAUCUCACGUCACACGUGGUCCUAACGUAUCCUUGUGACGGCUGGGUGGUGACGAGCAAAGAUAUCACUCACGGCCAAUACAGGAUUUUCAGAGAGCGUAUUGAUGGAUUGUCGCACAACGAGGUGACAUACCCGCCUGAAGCAUGGAAAAUGCCGACUACACUUCCUCAAGGAUUCCAAAAUGAAAACGCAGUCAUUGGUAAACCCAGCUACGUGUCAAAUCUGAAUAUUCUGCAUAAGCAAGGUAAAUUUUAUCCCCAGCGACAAACACACGACAAUAUGGGCUUUGAGAUGCGGGGAGGAAGGGAGUAAAGACGGCCAACUAGGACAUGGUUUUCGAGAACUGCACGGCAUUCGGAUUUGUCGGGUUUGACUCUUAGUUUCGCUCCACUUGAGACGCAUUCUGGAAACUGAAUCGAUCGAUGUCGAAACCUGCCAAGUUCAUUUCUAAAAUGAUCCAAAGAGUCCACAUAGAUGCUUAGAGAUCAGAACUCAUCAGAAAUUGAAAAUGUUGGAUUUCAAUAUCGAUCGACUUAAUUAUCCCAAGCCGGCGCUCUGUCACACCUUCUUAAAAGUGACCGAGUCUGUAUAAUUUUAACCUGACUACGCAACUGGUCACAAAAAAACUCCUCAGAGUUUCCGUGUUUUAGAGCUUUAUCUCCUGGGAGUCAAAUCCGUCUAAUUAUCGUAAGCGUCACAGAAAGUUUGGAAUAAGUCACUGCUAUACUACUCUUAGCAGUUGAUUUGACGGUAUGUGUUAUUAAAAACUGGUGAAGAAAAUCGAGAAAUAAGACGAAUCAGGAGUUAUUCUAAGCAGUUAGUGGCGAAGCGUGAAUGAUCGAUAAUCGAUAUUUCCCCAUUUGAGGCUAUGGUAAUGAAUCGAUUAUUAGGGAUUAUCGAUUCAUUUCCAUAGGUUUAAACGGCAGAUCAAUCGAUUUAUCACAAGGCACGCCACUGGCUCUAACUCUGACAAGGGCGGAUCGCCCGAAAUAGCAAAGGAAACAGUCAGAUCAGUAAUGCUUAAUUGAAAGAGAUUUUACCGUAUUGAGGAAGUAUUAACCUAUUGAGGAAGUACAGGCAAACAUCACAUGGGUAUAAUUGUGUUAAUUAAGAGAAGAAAAAAUCUCCUAAGUCUCUACUGUGAUUGACCUAGAUAAAAUUCAGACUUAAAUAUCCGUCCAUUAAACCAAGAGGUUCGUGGUCCUUGGUGUGUUCACUGUAUUGUAAUUUGUUUGUAAAUAUCACUUAUUGUACAUUGCACUCUAAGAAUAAAUAAUGUAUUUACAUCA